UUGUAGCCUAGCUAGCUUUCUCUACGUACAUAGCCUCACCGAUCGAUCGCACGAUCUAGCAGCUGGUACAACGAUUUACCAGAUUCAUCGAUCGACACAUACACAGGCAUGGGCGCCGCCGCGUACUACUUCAGGUGCUUUGGACGAGGCUGCGUGCACCCUGCUGCACUUAACCAGCGCAAAGGAGGCGCUCAUCAUGAUAAUCCCAAGAGGAGGACACAGCUCCAGAGCACGCCGUCGACGUCGUCGGCGUCGUCGUCGAGCCUGGACUUCCGGGAGGAGUACACCAGCGCGUUCCGCACCGAGUCCUACAACGACUUCUGGGCGCGCGUCCUCGACAUCACGCUUGCGCACGGCGACGCCCUCGUCCCCAGACCAGCAACCCGGAGCGGCGGCGGCACCGCCUCCUCCAAGCGCCUUUCCUCCUACCGCCUCUUCGCCGAGCACCUCCUCGAGCCGGACCAGGCCGCGGCCGCGGCGGUGCUCGCGUCCGCGCGCAACCGCCCCGACGUGCACGGCCUCCUCGCCGCCUACUACCACGAGACGGCCGGCGCGUCCUUCCUCUGCAGCCACUUCCUCCGCGACAUCGAGCAGAUCCGCCUCCGCUACCGCCCGCUCAAGAACGCGCUCCGCGGCAGGCUCGGCGCCGGCCUCGCCGACGUCUCCGCCGCGCUCGGCAAGCCCUUCACCGCGCUCGCCGCCACGCAGGGCAGGCUCGGGGACGCGCGGCUCAGCUCCGCUGACCUUCUCAAAGGCCUCGACUCCGGCAGGAAGGCCGCGCGCCGCAGGAUCAGGACCCUCGCGCGGCUCAGACAGGUGCUGUCGGUGUCCUUCGUCGCAGUCGUCGCCGCCGUGGCCGUCGUCGGCGCGUGCGUCGGCGUGCACGUCUUGGCCGCGUUCGCGGCGUUCCCGAUGAUGUCGCCGGCGUGGCUUGGGCUCUUCUCGGGGAGGUCAGCACGACGCGCCCUGGUGCAGCUGGAGGCGGCGGCCAAGGGCACCUAUAUCCUGAACCGGGACAUGGACACCAUCAGCCGGCUGGUGGAGCGGGUGCGGGACGAAGGGGAGUACAUGCUGGCGCUGCUGCAGCUGUGCGUCGCCGAGGAGGACGCCGGCGGGAAGGGGAGGCUGGUGCAGGAGGUGCUCAGGCAGCUGUGCAAGAACGAGGAGAGCUUCAGGCAGCAGCUGGACGAGCUGGAGGAGCACCUCUUCCUCUGCUUCAUGACCAUCAACAAGGCCAGGACCAUGGUCAUCAAGUUCAUGCCUACUGCCGCAGACCGGUGA